AUGUUGCUGAUUGGGGACAUUACGUUCCCUCGCUGGAACGGAGACGCUCAAUUUGAUCCAUACAUAACCGAGAAGCAAAUAGAUGAUGCACUCAACCACGGCAAAUCGCUCGAUGCAGCAGAGCGAACCGCUGGUGCCAACGAAUUUCUGAUUGGUAAUAAUAGUGACACCAAAGUUACCGGGGAGUUGCUUCUCAAAGCGGUGGAUAAAAGGAGGGCCGACGUCGUGCGAUUUAUGGUAGAGCGGGGGGCGGAUCUGAACUUCCCAACUUACUUGCUACACGCAGCCGUGCGGCGUGGGCGGUACUCGGACGCGGCCUUCGUUCUAGAUUUGGGAGCCGCCGUCGAUGUCGACGUGCCACUCCAAGGCGACGAUACGAGGGAUCGCACACCGCUCAUGCGGGCUGCUGACCGCGCAUGCCUCCCAUGUUCGGCAGAGGAAGAGGCGGCACGACUCGCUACGGUUAAGCUUCUCCUGCAUCACGGCGCGAAUCUCGAAGCCCGCGAUAGAUACGGCCACCGGGCCCACCAGAUCGCCACUAUGGGAUCGUCCGCGCGUGCCAUUCUAAACGACGUCCGCGCCGCGGGCGGAUGGCGGCCGUACGCCCGACGGGGAUUCCACGGCGAUCGGCUUGAAAUGCUCGUCCUGCGUGUCCUCUGCGAACGGGGGCGGGCGACGACGGACGACGCGCUCCUCUCCCGGCUCUUCCCGUCUGUCGAAGAUGCGGCCGCGGCGAUCGAACUCGUAUGCGCGCAGGUGCGACGAGUCGGACUGUUUUGGAAGGUGCAUUUCCUGCUCGCCCUGCUGCAUGGCGACGUUCGAGGCCCAGGAAGACAACACGUACGUCGCUUUGACGCCCGUCCGGCCCGCGAAGGUGCUCCCAGUCUUUCUCGGCGGCCGCCGCUUCCUGGCCAAGGACCGGGCGUUCUUCGCGUCCUUGGGCGCGGUGGAGGUGAAUUUCGACGUCGACACGAACCCCCUGACCUGCUGCUGCGGCGACCAGCUGUGUGGAAAUUAACCAGUGAGUUACGUUUUGCGUGGACCUUCGUCAACCUCCACGCCAUCGAGCAGACGCAGCUACGGAGACAAGCGUGGGGCGGCUGAAAUUUGAUUUCAACACAGGCGGCCAGGGCCUGAUCCGCCAGGUUAUCAAGGGCGACGGUAUGGCCUUUAUUGGGGCCAUGGGCGUCAUCACGCACAAGACGCUCGCGCCCGGGGAGACGCUCCUCGUCGACACGAACUCGCUCGUGUCCUGGGAGGACUCCGUCGAAUUUGAUGUGAGGACGACGGGCGGCUGCUGCACGUGCUGCUGCGCGGGCGAAGGGCUCUUCAACACGAAGCUGACGGGCCCCGGCGAGGUCUUCCUCCAGAGCUACAGCCACGGCAAGUUCAAGAACUACGCCAUCGAGUGGUACCUGGGCAACCGCGCGUCGGCCGGCCUCGCGCGCUUCGCGUCUCGCGGCGGCGCCGCGGCCGACCCGUUCGGCGCGCCGCCCGCCGCCGACACUGAGGUCAUCCAGCGCCGCGGGAACAACGCGCCGGCGCCCGUUCCCGCCGCCGCGCCGAUGGACCGCAAGGGCCGCUAG